CGCCGCCGCGGCGCCUACGGCCGGAGGACGGCGGUCCCAGCGCCGCCUCCACCUCGGCCGCCGCAAUGGCGACGGUCGGGGAGCGCAGGCCCCUGCCCAGUCCCGAAGCGAUGCUGGGACAGUCGUGGAAUCUGUGGGUCGAGGCUUCCAAACUUCCUGGGAAGGACGGGACGGAAUUGGACGAAAGUUUCAAGGAGUUUGGGAAAAACCGCGAAGUCAUGGGGCUCUGUCGGGAAGAUAUGCCAAUAUUUGGUUUCUGUCCAGCCCAUGAUGAUUUCUACUUGGUGGUGUGUAACGACUGUAAUCAGGUUGUCAAACCGCAGGCAUUUCAAUCACAUUAUGAAAGAAGACACAGCUCAUCCAGCAAGCCGCCUUUGGCCGUUCCUCCCACUUCAGUAUUUUCCUUCUUCCCUUCUCUGUCCAAAAGUAAAGGAGGCAGUGCAAGUGGAAGCAACCGUUCUUCCAGUGGAGGUGUCCUUAGCGCAUCCUCGUCAAGUUCCAAGUUGUUGAAAUCACCCAAAGAGAAACAGCAACUCAGGGGGAGCACCAGGCCAAUGCAUCCCAUCCAACAAAAUAGAGUCCCCCAUGGUAGAAUCAUGACGCCCUCUGUGAAAGUGGAAAAGAUCCAUCCAAAGAUGGAUGGCGCACUACUGAAACCUGCGGUGGGGCCAGCCUGUCCUGCUACUGUGAGUUCCUCAGUCAAGCCUGGCCUUAACUGCGUCUCAAUACCAAAGCCAACCUUGCCUUCGCCUGGACAGAUUCUGAAUGGCAAAGGGCUUCCUGCACCUCCCACUCUGGAAAAGAAAUCUGAAGACAAUUCCAAUAACAGGAAAUUUUUAAAUAAAAGAUUAUCAGAAAGAGAGUUUGAUCCUGACAUCCACUGUGGGGUCAUCGACCUUGACACCAAGAAGCCCUGCACCCGGUCUUUGACAUGCAAGACACAUUCCUUAACCCAGCGAAGAGCUGUCCAGGGUAGAAGAAAACGAUUUGAUGUAUUAUUAGCCGAGCACAAAAACAAAACCAGGGAAAAGGAAUCGAUUCGCCAUCCGGACUCUCAGCAACCACCGCAGCCUCUCAGGGACCCGCAUCCCGCCCCUCCCAGAACGUCACAGGAGCCGCACCAAAACCCUCACGGAGUGAUUCCUUCCGAAUCAAAGCCUUUCGUAGCUAGUAAACCUAAACCUCACACCCUUAGUCUUCCAAGGCCUCCAGGCUGCCCUGCUCAGCAAGGUGGGAGUGCCCCCAUUGACCCUCCUCCAGUCCAUGAAUCUCCACACCCUCCCCUGCCUGCCACUGAGCCAGCUUCUCGGUUAUCCAGUGAGGAGGGCGAAGGCGAUGACAAAGAAGAGUCUGUUGAAAAACUGGACUGUCAUUAUUCAGGUCAUCAUCCUCAGCCAGCAUCUUUUUGCACAUUCGGGAGCCGGCAGAUUGGAAGAGGCUAUUACGUCUUUGACUCCAGGUGGAACCGGCUUCGCUGCGCCCUCAACCUCAUGGUGGAGAAGCAUCUGAACGCGCAGCUGUGGAAGAAAAUCCCACCAGUGCCCAGCACCACGUCACCUGUCUCCACACGUGUUCCUCACCGGACAAACUCUGUGCCGACAUCACAAGGCGGGGUCAGCUAUCUGGCGGCAGCCACCGUCUCGUCAUCCCCAGGUCUGCUCUCGGCCACCUGCAUCUCCCCCAACAGCAAAUCGGUGCCAGCUCAUGGAACCACGCUCAACGCACAGCCUGCCACUUCCGGGGCGAUGGAUCCUGUGUGCAGUAUGCAGUCCAGACAAGUGUCCUCCUCAUCCUCGUCCCCCUCUACACCCUCCGGCCUUUCCUCGGUCCCUUCCUCCCCAAUGUCCAGGAAACCUCAGAAGUUGAAAUCCAGCAAGUCUUUAAGGCCCAAGGAGUCUUCUGGUAACAGUACGAACUGUCACAACGCCAGCAGCAGCACCAGCGGCGGCUCAGGAAAGAAACGCAAAAACAGUUUCCCACUGUUGGGUCACUCUUCUUCCUCCUCCACCUCCUCCUCCUGCUCCACUUCCUCCUCGUCUUCUUCUCAUUCCAUGGAGUCUUUUAGGAAAAACUGUGUGGCUCACACUGGGCCUCCCUACCCCUCAACGGUAACAUCUUCCCAUAGCAUCAGCCUCAACUGCGUGGCAAAUAAGGCGAACUCGGUGAGCGUCCGGCACGACCAGUCAGGGAGGGGCCCCCUGGGCGGGAGCCCUGCUGAGCCCAUCAAGAGGAUGAGUGUGAUGGUGAACAGUGGCGACUCCACUCUGUCACUUGGCCCGUUCAUCCACCAGUCCAGCGAGCUGCCUGUCAACUCCCACGGCAGUUUUUCACACUCACAUACUCCUCUAGACAAACUCAUAGGAAAGAAGAGAAAGUGCUCACCGGGCUCAGGCAGCAUCAACAACAGCAGCAACAAACCCACAAAGGUUGCCAAAUUGCCAGCCAUGAACAACGUGCACAUGAAACACGCGGGCGCCAUCCCAGGGGCGCAAGGACUGACGAACAGUUCCCUCCUUCAUCAGCCAAAGGCACGUCCCUGACAGAAAAUAGCACGGGGAGGAAUAAUCCGGACACUUUUGAGGACAAGUUACACCUCCACUCAGCACUCUGGACUCCACGAUGCCUUUGAGUCUGUUUUCCCAACCUCCUGUGGACCUCCAGGGUAGAAACCUGCCGGGCUGUUGUUUUACAAGGAUUUCCCUGAAGCUCUGUCUGUAGCAGUGAGUACUCAUAAAGGACACUGGAUCAAGUUCAGCCACCGAAUUGCUUUUAUCAGUGUUAAAGUGGUCUGGACUGCUUGCUACCAAUCUGUGAUAAGUUUUUGUUUUUGUUUUGUUUUUUAACUUGCAGUAUAUCAUGGAGCUACUCUUUGAGUAGGUUGGCUGAGCAAAAGAAUGUUCUGGCAAGAGCGUUACUGUAGACUCUUCUCCCUCCUUCUCCCCAGCAAAAGUUUUUUUUUUGUUUUUUUUUUUAACACUGUCUUCUGUAGGUCACGCUCCAGCAGUUAGGCACCUUAACUGGAGACUGGAGACCUUCCAGAGGAGAGAGCGAGCUGCACCCUGAGCGAUCCUCUGGAGAAGGAAAUCUGGCUUUAGGUUUAAUAACAAUGUUCUAGGACGGAACAUGGACAUGGGCGCAAGGCACCAUGACAAAAUAGCCCAGCCUUUUGCAAGUAAUUUGGGAUGAGAAGCUGUCAGAAGUUUCUAACCUGCAAGCCUCUUUGAAGCCAUUGAUGCCCAGAGAGCAAUUAUAAACCAUUUUAGAGGCUUACUUUUUAUGGUACAAAUGCAGUUCUGUGAUUGGGUGGGGAGAAAGAAAAUGCAAAUUAGUUUUGAUAAAGGAAAGCCAAAUUGGAUGCUAGGGAGGGAGUGGGAAGAGUAAAAUCACUGUAGGAGGGGAAAAAACCUUCUUCCAAGAUUUCCAAAGAGAUGGAAUUUUCUAAUUUAAGUUUUCAUAUUAAAUAGUAUAUCAGAUUGGGUUGGUUGCCUGACCCAGUCUAUUUUUUUAAAAUUGCCUUUUAAAGUAAAAUGAUUAGGAUGUACUUAAAUGUUUCUGAGGCACUCUCUGCAUUACCCCUGUUUUCUUUUUUGGACACUGUCCUGGGGCUACAUGGAGUUUUUGCUUCACUGCGUGCUCCCAGUACCACAUGCGUGCGUCCUCACUCCCGUUCGUCGUGCUGCACAAGUUUAUGGCUGUAGCCGAGGUGGGGAGCAGGUACCGGGCGGGAGGGUGGAGGACGUGCACACAUGUCCACAUGGAGGUUAGAUGUGACACCUACAUAGUAUUUCCCUGAAACACACCUUCUUCUUGGGACUAAUGCCAGCCAUCUUCCUGAGAGAGUUUUGCAGCCCUCCGGGAUGUUUUUCUACCCACCCCAAAAAGGAAGAGCUUAAUGUGUGAGAACAGCAUUGCAUAUGAAGAUGACAGUGAACUUGGGGGGUGAGCUGGGGCCUUUUCACGGGUGAUUCCAUCACCACAGCUCCUGAAACUAGAACCAGGCACUUUUGCUUAGAAAAACACACAAGGUUGCUGAACACAGGGUAAAAUUCCUAAGGCUCUGAUGGUUACCCUGGCCAGGGCCCAGGCAGAGCCAGUCAGUACAUCCUUUUUGCCUCCAAUUCUUGGGUUACAAACUUCAGUUUCAGGGAAUUUCAUAUCAACAACAGGUAGAAUGAAUAAAUACUUGGUUACCAGCCUAAUAAUGUGAAUUGCUACAGAAUUAUUCUUAAUUAUGUGAGAAAAUGGAAACUUUAUGCAGAUACUUUAGCUAUAAAUUGAUGUAAAAUACUGAUUUUUGCUUUUAAAGGAAGGGGAGAACAGUAUCUUGUUCACUCCCUAUGCAAUCAGUAAAAAAUUUUAAGAUGAUACUAUAGGAGAGCUUGGUAAGGAGAGAGCAUGGAUGGGCCAGUUUGAGGUAGUUAUGAGGAAUCAGUCUGGUGGGUCCAUCCCAGUGGGGGAGAGAGAGAGUAGGAAAGAGGGAUCAGAACAUGCCUGUUGAUUCCUUUGGUGACAAGUGCAAUGGGGAACGGGUAGAAUUUCUUCUCAGAGCCAAGGGGGACUUGAGGGUUAUAAAUAAAGUUGCUUUUAGUGAUGGAAUUUAUAGACAGAUCAUGUUGUUCCAGAAGAUGUGAAUAGGAUCCACGAUAGCAAGUUGAUUCAGAAUAAUGUAGAUAUUUAGAUUAGCGAGUGUUGAUCAUUUGAUUUCUUAGACUGAGGUAUUCUUUGGAUUUCAUUACGUCUCCCGGUAAUACACAGAGCAUCGGGAUUAGGAAAUUAGCCAUUUUGGAUUCUGCCUGCCACAAACAGACCUAUUCUAAACAGUGCUAUUAAAUUUUAGACUGUUGUUCAAAUACUUUAUUUUCUCCUACAACUACUUUUUAUUAUGAUGAACAAUUAAGACCAUUUAAAACACGGGAGUACAAGUAUUUUUUGAAUUAAAUUAACUUACAAAAAAACAAAUUUGCAGUGGUUGGGUUGUUUCUAGACAGACUUUGGUAUCAAUUUAAAACCAAGAUAAUUUUUAUAUUCUUUCCAAUAGAAUUUCACGGCAACUCAUGCAGUUUUCUUAACCUACGGAAAAAAAAAAAAA